CUUAUACCCAUUCAUACACACCUAUGGGUUCUUGAUUUUAAAUUACAGGAUGAAUGGCGCAGCUUCCGUGGACAGUUGUCCGCAAAACCCCGGUAUCAUUCGCUAAAGCGCGUUCAUUGGCGGAACGCUGUUCCAAUGAAAUAUCGCAAUUUCUAGUGAGCCACGCAAAUAAAACGCGCAUAGCAUCACUUCUGCAAGCAUUCGUGGAAUCGUUAGAAGAAUGCCAAAAUAACGAAUAUAUAAAUACCACUUACAAGGAUGUACCGUGCGUAGCGUCUAUAAAGGCACUUGGUGUGGUACAAAUACAUCCAUCAUUUCUUGGAAAUCCACUCAAAGGAGUGUACGCAUAUCUGUCCAACUUCCUUAUGCAAUACAAUGAAGACAUUGGCGGCAUUUGGUUAACGUGUGGCAAGAUAACUCAACUGGAUCAGUAUGGGUAUGUCACGGAUGGCGAUUGCUUUGGUAUACUGUCACUACGUGUAACCGUCAAGCUGUUGGUGUUCAUACCGCAAACCGGGUUAAUGUGCGGCAAAACAACCAGAGCAAUGUCUGAUAGAGCUUCGUUGCUUGUUUAUGGGAUGUUUGGAGUGACCGUGCGUGCAAACGAGGGGCUUUCAGAUAAGACAAGCAAGCUGUCUGAAGGUGACCUAGUGGAGGUCGACGUGACCGACGUAAAGGUACUUCAGAAAAACAAAUGGGUUAUGAUGUCUACUACCAUGGACAGAAUAACGGUAAUAUCGUAGAAUUAUCU